CAAUAUAUAUUCCAACUUCAUUCCCUUGUGUUCUACUCCUAAACCCACAUCUCUUUCCCUCCGAGACCGUCGAUCAAGAUCGAGAUCAAGAUCGAGAAAAAUUAAGAUUGGUUUGGAUGGAUCGCGAAAAGGGUAUUGGUAUGUUGUUGUCAUGGGGUUUAUUAGCAACAAUAUUAUGGGACAAUAUUGUCUUAAUUGAGGCAGCUCCACAAAGUGCUCUCAUCACAACCCUCCCUGGUUUCUCUGGAAAUUUUCCUUCAAGACACUACUCAGGGUAUGUGACCUUAGACUUAGAUGGGAAGGCUUCAAAGAAUCUAUUUUAUUACUUUGUGGAGUCAGAAAGGAACCCAUCAAAGGAUCCAGUUGUUCUAUGGCUCAAUGGAGGGCCAGGAUGCUCCAGCUUUGAUGGUUUUGUCUAUGAGCAUGGACCAUUCAAUUUUGAGGCAGGGAUACCCCGAGGAAGUAUGCCCAAGUUGCACCUCAAUCCAUACAGCUGGUCCAAGGUCUCUAACAUUAUAUAUUUGGACUCACCAACUGGUGUGGGAUUCUCUUACUCUCCAAAUACCACAGUUUAUAAGACUGGAGAUUUACAAACAGCCAAUGACUCUCAUCAUUUUUUAUUGAAGUGGUUCGAUCUUUACCCGGAAUACCAAUCCAAUGUUUUCUAUCUAUCGGGUGAAUCAUAUGCGGGUGCUUACGUUCCAACUCUGGCUUCCGAAGUAGUUAAAGGAAUUAAAGCGAAAGUCAAUCCCGUCAUAAAUUUUAAGGGUUACAUGGUUGGGAAUGGGGUCAUUCAUGAUAUUAAUUUCAGUGGUGAGAAUGCCCUUGUCCCAUUUGCUCAUGGAAUGGCCCUUAUCUCAGAAGAUUUUUUCCAGGGAGCUCAAAUCGCCUGCAAUGGAGACUAUAAUAAUAAUAAUAAUAGUUCUGCAUGCAAUACUGCCUUGGAUAAAAUUUACAGGGUAUUAGACGGGUUAAACAUAUACAACAUUCUAGAGCCAUGUUUUCACGAUCCAUCGAGUCUUACAAAAGCCAGUCAAUUGAAGAAUGUGACAUUGCCUUCGAGUUUCAUGCAAUUAGGAGAAUCGACUCGAUUUCUUUCCGUGAGAACUAGAAUGUUUGGAAGGGCUUGGCCUUACCGAGUGCGGGAACACGAAGGCGACACUUCUAGUUCUCCGAUGUUGCUUUGGCCAGAGUUGGCCGCAUCUAUGGCCGCAUCGGGUAAUGUUGUUCCUUGCACUGAUGAUAUAGUGGCAACCACAUGGCUGAACAAUGAUGCAGUGAGGAAAGCAAUCCAUGUUAGUCCUGAAAGUGGAAGUUGGAAGUUAUGUGGUGCCCCUUUGGAGUAUUAUGGGGAUGCUGGAAGCUUGAUUAAAUACCAUAGAAACCUCACCCAACAAGGAUAUCGUGCCUUAAUAUAUAGCGGAGACCACGAUAUGUGUGUGCCAUUCACAGGAACAGAGGCAUGGACUAGGUCACUUGGAUACAAGAUUAUUGAUGAAUGGAGACCAUGGAUUUCUAAUGACCAAGUUGCAGGGUACACUCAAGGAUAUGCCCAUGGACUUGUGUUUCUUACCAUAAAGGGAUCAGGACAUACAGUGCCGGAAUACAAACCUCAAGAAGCCUUGGACUUUUAUAGUCGUUGGUUGGAAGGAAAAUCAAUUUGAGGCUAAGCUUGAUGAUGAUAAAUGAAUUAUAAAGAUUGCGAGAGAGACUUUUAUAAGAAAGAUAGAUCUCUUAAUUUAUCAUUCAUAUAAAGGAUGACAAGAUUAAAAAUAAAGUUAUUUCAUUGAAUAAGUGUAUUUUUAUUUUGGAAGAAAAAGUGUUUUUCUAUCCACAA